AUGCGGCCUGCACCCCUGAAGCUGAAGGCCAAGGAGGCCCAGGGCUACCAGCUAGUCCAGGGACGAGAAGACUAUGGCGAGGACGGGACUGAGACGCCCCUCGAGCAGCCCCCAGCAUAUCAACCCGACCCUCCCAGCCGCCUGCGCAAUAUCAACCUCAGGGCGGUCCUCAUCACCGUCAUCUCCACCCUCCUAGUCAUCGUGGCCCUGAACCUCGCAAUCAAUCCCGGCGUCUUCGGGUUCCGCCCCCACCACGGUUCGGAUUGUGACUGCUCAAAACCGACUCCCAAGGUCCCUCAGUACUUCCAGACGUCCCCCGAACUAUGGGCUGGACCAACAGCGACUGGGGCUCCGGCCUUCCUGGCUCAGACGUGGACCAUGAACCCCACCGCAACCUAUGUGCCCAACCAGCCGCUGCAGACGGCCAUCCCCAUUGAGGGCAUGACGUCCAAGAAUGAGAGCAUCUUCCAGAUGAUGGGCUUCUUGUCGCCCUACCACCCGUCGCCCGGCUUUGGAGUCAACGAGUACCCUCUGCCGGCAGGGGCCGACAUCAUCCAGGUCCAGAUGCUGUCGCGCCACGGCUCGCGUUACCCAACGGGCGGGACGGGCUCCAACGUGGUCACGUUUGGCGACCGGAUAGCAGCGGCAAGGAAGACCGGGUCCGGCUUCAAGGCCUCCGGGCCGCUCGAGUUCCUCAACGACUGGAGCUAUGCCCUCGGCGCCGAGAUCCUGGUACCCAAGGGCAGGCAGGAGCUGUUUGACUCGGGCAUCCUGCACUCGUACAUGUACUCCUCGCUGUACAACCCCAACAGCAGGAUCAUCGUGCGGACCACCACGCAGGACAGGAUGUUGAAGUCGGCCGAGUACUUUGUGGCCGGAUUCUUUGGGCUGGAGUGGACAAGGAACGCGACCAUCGAGGUCAUUAUCGAGGAGAAGGGGUUCAAUAACUCGCUGGCGGGUUAUAAGAACUGCCCGAACGCGGACAAUGAUCACGGUGGCAGAAAUGCCACGAUUGAGUGGGUGCAGAAUUAUCUGCAAAAGGCGACUGCUCGCCUCAGCAGCAUGAUCCAAGGGUACGACUGGACUAUUGAAGAUACAUACGCGGCACAGAACAUGUGCCCGUACGAAACGGUGGCCUACGGCUUCAGUCGCUUCUGCGACCUCUUCAAUUAUGAAGAAUGGAUCCAUUUCAGCUAUUCAGUCGACCUCUUCUUCUCAGGGGACAGCGGUUUCCAAUCAAAGACAGGUCGAGCCGUUGGAAUCGGAUACCAGCAAGAAGUGAUGGCCAGGCUGCGAAACCACACCUUGGGCUACUCGGGCUCCCAGAUCAACACCACCCUCGACAGCAGCACCGAGACCUUCCCAUUGAACCAGUCCCUCUACCUGGACUUCAGCCACGACACAAACAUUGUCUCCGUGCUCGCCGCGAUGGGGCUGACGCAAUUCCAAGACGACCCGCCCCUGUCGCCCAAAGCCUACCCUGGCCAGCACAACUUCACUGUGUCGCACCUGACGCCGUUUGGCGCUCGGCUGGACAUGGAGGUCAUCAAGGCGCCCAAGCCCGUCAAGGCGGACAGGACCGGCUACGUCGAGGGCGAGGGCACGGGCGAGACGAAGUACAUCCACUUCGUACUGAAUCAGCGGACGAUACCGCUGGGAUGGAGCUUCCCCGAGUGCGACGCCAGCAGAGUCGACGGGUGGUGUGAGCUGGAGACGUUCUUAAAGGUGCAGGAUGAGAUGCCGAAGCUGGCGAAUUUCGAGGAGACGUGCUUCGGCUGA